UGCGCGCCCCCGAGACAAGGCGAAUGCAGUAGCCUACGAAAAAACAAGCGAGCGGCGCCGGAGACACGAGAGGGGCGCAGUUUACCUCCUGCUAACAAGAUCUCAAUUUGGAGCGCACGUUUCACGCCCUGCUGGAUUGUGUUGUCACCGGAGACUGGUGUGGAUAUUCGCGGACAGAGACAAUAGGAUGCAGUGUAGACUCGGGUGUUGACUCGUCUGCAGACUCUCCACUUCUCUCAUCCCCAGGGGGCCCGAUUCCUGUGGUCCCCGCUCUAUCUGAGGCGGUGUUGGGACUACGCUAACUGACGCUAUAGGAGUACACGGCUCACCUUUGCUCGCGUUGCUCGGAUCCGCAUAGCUCAACUCCUGACUGAGGAGAGCGCGGCAGCUACAUCAUCUAUUACCAACUGGUCUCUCCUUGCCCCGCCCACACCAUCCUGUCACCAUGGUGCUUUCACAACGGCAACGAGAUGAACUAAAUCGAGCCAUAGCUGAUUAUCUGCGUUCCAAUGGAUAUGAAGGAGCAUAUUCCACAUUCAAGAAGGAGGCAGAAUUAGACAUGAAUGAAGAAUUGGACAAGAAGUAUGCUGGCCUUUUGGAAAAAAAAUGGACUUCAGUCAUCAGAUUACAAAAGAAGGUUAUGGAACUUGAAUCUAAACUGAAUGAAGCAAAGGAGGAAAUCACCCUGGGUGGACCAGUUAGUCAAAAGCGAGACCCCAAAGAGUGGGUCCCACGCCCUCCAGAACGGUAUGCGCUGAGUGGUCACCGCAGUCCUGUGACCAGAGUCAUCUUCCACCCAGUCUUUAGUGUGAUGGUGUCUGCUUCAGAGGAUGCGACAAUAAAGGUGUGGGACUAUGAGACCGGAGACUUUGAACGCACACUGAAGGGCCACACAGAUUCCGUGCAGGACAUCUCCUUUGACCAGACUGGAAAACUGCUUGCAUCCUGCUCUGCAGACAUGACUAUCAAGCUGUGGGAUUUCCAAGGUUUUGAGUGCAUCAGGACUAUGCAUGGACAUGACCACAAUGUAUCAUCUGUAGCCAUUAUGCCCAACGGAGAUCACAUCAUUUCUGCCUCAAGGGACAAAACCAUGAAGAUGUGGGAGGUGGCAACUGGUUACUGUGUGAAGACCUUCACUGGCCACAGGGAGUGGGUCCGCAUGGUGCGACCCAACCAGGAUGGCACUUUGGUUGCCAGCUGCUCCAAUGAUCAAACGGUGCGCGUGUGGGUUGUGGCAAACAAAGAGUGCAAAGCUGAACUGCGGGAGCAUGAGCAUGUGGUGGAGUGCAUCUCGUGGGCGCCAGAGAGCGCUUAUCCCACCAUACUCGAUGCCACUGGUUCUGAGAGCAAGAAGAGUGGUAAGCCAGGCCCUUUCCUCCUGUCUGGCUCCAGAGACAAAACUAUCAAACUGUGGGAUGUUAGCAUAGGCAUGUGCCUUAUGACACUGGUCGGCCAUGACAACUGGGUUCGUGGCCUCCUUUUCCACCCAGGAGGAAAGUUUAUUGUGACCUGUGCAGAUGACAAGACCUUAAGGAUCUGGGACUACAAGAACAAGCGCUGCAUGAAAACCCUGAGUGCCCACGAACACUUUGUUACCUCUUUGGAUUUCCACAAGGCUGCUCCUUAUGUGGUCACUGGGAGUGUAGAUCAGACAGUAAAAGUGUGGGAGUGCCGCUGAGUAGGACCUCCAAAGAUUGGACCAGCACCCCGACUACCCAGAUGGUCUUCUGGAUCCGCUCCCACCCACCCUGUCAUUACAGCCCCACCCCCAAACCCCCUCUCACCUAAGCUAAACUUCACCCGCACAUCUUCAUCUCCUUCGGCUGCACCUGCCACUAUGGUUACUUACCCAUUGCGCGCUCUCUGGUCUAAUAAUCUGCCCCCUCUGUGUAAAUUAUUCCUGGAUGUAGAUCAAAUAUUAAAUGUUACACAAAAAAAGUAUUCUUGCAUGGUAAUCAAAACUUGUAUACUGUAAAUUUGCAUAACGUCUAGAAGAACCAUAGGUUUAACACAGGGCUGGCCGUCUGUCACGCAGCCUUACUGACCAACCGAAGGCAGAUGUUUUUGAUGUAGGGCACAAAAAAUAAUUUAAGAAAUGACAGUGUCUUUAUGUGUAAGAUUAUUUUCGUCCAUUUUUUUUUAGAACUUUUUUUCCCUCCCGCUCUUUCUCUCUCCGUUGCUGUCCUAGUCUGAUGGUGCCUAGCUUGUUAAAACCGUUGAGCAAUCAGGCAGAAAAAGCAUAUAUGAUGAGACUGUCUGUCGGCCUUUGUUAUUGAAAUAAUCUGUAGCUUUAUACCAUCAUUUCUUAAGUGUGCAUACAAUUUCUUUUCAUGUGGAGCUUGCUCAUAUUUUGAUGGUUGUAUAUACCAUUUUUACAACAAUUGUCUUUGGACCUCGGGGGAGGGUGAGUAGGGGUGGAUAAACUGCAGCUUUGACUCUUGUCAUGGUGGUAUAUGAACAAAUAUUAGACUUUAGGUGAACCAUCCUAUUAAGAAUAGCACCGCUGAGCUAUUUGCUGAAGUUUGGUGGAGGCCGUCGGUGUGCGUGCCUGAGUGGAGAUCAGGGAUCACACAAUUUCUAAAUUUGAGCACUUGAUAAAAGAUUGGGGGUGUCUCUUUUGUAAGAUCGCUUCCUCUUACCUCCCUUUACCCCUCAGCUCCCAGCAAGUUUGCCCUGCUAUGGUGUUUGUGUAAUGUAGGAAGGAUGUAUAGACUAAAGAUACAGAGUUGUCGCUUGGGGCCUGUAAUUGCUACAAACAUGAACUUUCUCUUCCAAAAAGAGGAAAGGAAAAAGCAUGCUCCCAGGUUUGAUACUUGGAAUUUGCAACGAUAUAUUAGUUUCUGAUGGGUGUAAAAGAUGUUCAGCUCAAUAAAAAUAAGUUAAAUUGGUUUUCUGUGAAAAUAUGAAGUGUAAAUUUAGCUAGUUAAGCCAUUUGGCAGUUUUGUAAUGUGUCAAAGGAUGACCUGAAUGAAAGUGGGGGGUAGUUUUAGUCUAUUGAGAAAAUGUUAGCUGCGGACAUCCUAAGUGAUCUGCUUCAUAUCUUCUCUGUAAUAUAAGCAUCUCUACUGACAAACUCCCCGGACCAUUUGACAUGUUUCUGAGUGGGAUUCUUCUCAUGUUUAACUGGGAAGAACAGCAGAUAUAAUGGGAUAGAAAAAAAUAUAUACAUAACCAACCAUUACUUUCCCCUCGUAUGAAAUGAAUGAUCAAAGGCUAUGGUUCAUUUAUCUUGCACACCCCCGUUUCCACCAAAUCUUUGGACCUGUCAUAAUGAUCCAAAACAAAUUUACUGAUGUUGAUAAUUGCAAAAACAUAUUUUCCAAUUGAAGUUUUUGGCUUAUAAAGAAUUUGAUUGCUUCAAUAAAUUCAUAAGCUUCUUUGCUGCAGUUUUCUUUUCACCUGUGUACUGAAUGUGGUGCUUUGCUGCUGAAGCUCCUGCUCGCGGUGUAAAACAUGAUCUGUUGAUAUAUAGUGCUGCUGCAUGGUUACCUACAUCUGAGGCUGAGUUGUCUAAACACAUUUGAAGGUACACAGUGGCUUAACUGAGACAGUAGCAUGACUGGUGCUGAGAAGAGGAUGGCCUAGUAUGUUUAGACUACUCAAUCCCUCUCUUGAUGAACGGACUGAUUUUUUUUUUUUUUUUUUGUGGCUCUUCCACCAACAUCCCACCCCUCUCACCCCUACACAUUCAAAGACAGUGAGUCAGACCAGGAUGAUCCAAAGGAGAAAUCUCAAUUUCGAAGGGAGUGUUAUACCUAUCCCUUGGGUAUCUUCUGCCUGACUUGUAGUGGGAAAAUAGUUGAAUUUGGCACGAGAAUGACAAAGUAUUGUGUUCAAAGCUGAUACCAAAAAAAGUCAAUAAAAUCUGGUUUAACCAAGAAACCACAGCCUCAUUUGGUCCAGCAUUGUGACCAAUUUUAGAAAAAUAUGCUCGCACCCUCAGGGCCACACAAAGACAUGUCAGGCCUUAUUAUACUAUUCCUCCAUUUGAUUUUAAAUGAAAGAUUUUGAAUAGAAAAUUGAUACGACAUUUAGGAGCUCUUUUUCUAAGAAUUUAUGGAUCAGAGCUGCUGUGUUGAAUGCAAAGUUUCUCCUUUCCCAAGCAAUCCUUUUGCUCUCUGGUCUGGCUUCUGAGUGGCCUGACUGAGUUUUUGCUGUCUGUGUGUCAUUUCUGCCUCAAGUCAACCAGUCCUCUCUAACAUGCGUGUGAACCUCAUUGAGGGCUUCAGACUGCACAACAAGCUCUUACUUGAGAGUUCAUGAUGUUUUCACUAUUACGGUCUCACUCUUCACGCUACUGUUAAUAUACCUGGAUGUCAUUAUUGUUUGCAAUAUAAUAAAAACAAAUUGCAUUA